UGCGCGUCCCGGAACCAGAGACUGGGCAGCGCUCGAGUUCCUGCGCGGGACUGCUAAGGGACGACCACGGGCCGGAAGGCUGCCAGGCCCAGUGAGCAAGCGAAGAAAUGAACCACCGCAACACGGGCGCUUGGGGUCGGGGCCGAGUGCGAACCUGAGCCUCAAAUCCCGACCCAGGCAGGGGCGGGGCCCGGGGCGGGGCCUUGGAGGCCCAGCCCGAGCGGCGACGUCUCCGCGUGGCGUCUCGGCACCGACUGACAGCCACCCGCCAUGGCCGCAGACCAGCGCCCGAAGGCCGACACCCUGGCCCGGAGGCAACGGCUCAUCAGCUCUUCCUGCAGACUCUUUUUUCCCGAGGAUCCUGUUAAGAUUGUCCGGGCCCAAGGGCAGUACAUGUACGAUGAACAGGGGGCAGAAUACAUCGAUUGCAUCAACAAUGUGGCGCACGUUGGGCACUGCCACCCUCUCGUGGUCCGAGCAGCACAUGAACAGAACCAGGUGCUCAACACCAACAGCCGGUACCUGCAUGACAACAUCGUGGACUAUGCGCAGAGGCUGUCAGAGACCCUGCCGGAGCAGCUCUGUGUGUUCUAUUUCCUGAAUUCUGGGUCAGAAGCCAAUGACCUGGCCCUGAGGCUGGCUCGCCACUACACAGGACACCAGGACGUGGUGGUAUUAGAUCAUGCGUAUCACGGUCACCUGAGCUCCCUGAUUGACAUCAGUCCCUACAAGUUCCCCAACCUGGAUGGCCAGAAGGAGUGGGUCCACGUGGCACCUCUCCCAGACACCUACCGGGGCCCCUACCGGGAGGACCACCCCAACCCAGCUAUGGCCUAUGCCAACGAGGUGAAACAUCUGGUCAGCAGUGCACAGGAGAAGGGCAGGAAGAUUGCAGCUUUCUUCGCCGAGUCUCUGCCCAGUGUGGGAGGGCAGAUCAUUCCCCCUGCUGGCUACUUCUCCCAAGUGGCAGAGCACAUCCGCAAGGCCGGAGGGGUCUUUGUUGCAGAUGAGAUCCAGGUUGGCUUUGGCCGAGUAGGCAAGCACUUCUGGGCCUUCCAGCUCCAGGGAAAAGACUUCGUCCCUGACAUCGUCACCAUGGGCAAGUCCAUUGGCAAUGGCCACCCUGUUGCCUGCGUGGCCACAACCCAGCCUGUGGCGAGGGCAUUUGAAGCCACCGGCGUUGAGUACUUCAACACGAUACCUGCAGGACAAGGACAGGGUGGGCGAGGAAAAGGAGCCAAAGCCCUCCAGUUUGGGGGCAGCCCAGUGUCCUGCGCUGUGGGGCUGGCUGUCCUGAAUGUCUUGGAGAAGGAGCAGCUCCAGGCUCAUGCCACCAGCGUAGGCAGCUUCCUGAUGGAGCUCCUCGGGCAGCAAAAAAUCAAACAUCCCAUCGUCGGGGAUGUCAGGGGUGUUGGGCUCUUCAUUGGUGUGGAUCUGAUCAAAGAUGAGGCCACAAGGACACCAGCAACUGAAGAGGCUGCCUACUUGGUAUCAAGGCUGAAGGAGAACUACGUUUUGCUGAGCACUGAUGGUCCUGGGAGGAACAUCCUGAAGUUUAAGCCCCCAAUGUGCUUCAGCCUGGACAAUGCACGGCAGGUGGUGGCAAAGCUGGAUGCCAUUCUGACUGACAUGGAAGAGAAGGUGAGAAGUUGUGAGACGCUGAGGCUCCAGCCCUAAGCCAGCCCUGCUCUGCCUAAGUGUACUCCAGAAGAAACUCAUCUCAUCCAAAUACACGCUAUUGAGAAGGCGAGCCUGACCUCCCUCUUACAGAUAAAGUCAGCUUUCAGAGGCUCAGGGUGGGGGGCCUGCCUGAGGCCAUAAUGCUACCCACCCCCUCCUCCUAACCACUGGUCUGUUGGGAUAACCCAGAUGUCUGCAUCCCCUCAAGUCAGUCAAUCUCCUUUUUGUCCACUGGAGGUGGAAUGGGGGAGGGUGGGGUACUUUCAAGUGCUCCUGCUUAAAUAAAUUAGACCAGACCGGGGUAUUUCUAAAGAAAAUCCUGACACGCACCCCCAUUAAAAAUAGUGCAUUUU